AUGCUACUCCUAUGUUGGCGUAGUUGGUGGUGCUCAAAAUCUUUCGAUUGAGGCUCCUGGUUGUAUGACGGUACACACGGUCUUGCAUGAAUUCUUGCAUGCAAUGGGGGGAAGUCACGAACAGUCCCGUAGUGACAGAGCUAGCAUGACGUCAAUGAUUUGGAAUAAGAUUGAUUCUAAAAAUAUGUACAAUUUUGUAAUGGAAAACACCAAAAACGCACUUCCUUACGAUUAUAAAUCGCUGAUGCAGUACGAACUUGAUUCAUUUGGUAAAAAUAGAGAAAAUUCCAUGUCUAUCCCGGAUAUGAGUUUUGAAUACCUGAUUACAAAUAAGAAAGACCAUCUCAGCCUUUACGACAUAGGCGAAAUCAACAGCGCCUAUAGAUGUACUGCUGAUUGUUUCAAUCAAUGUGAAAAUGGAGGCGUGCUCACAAAAGAAAACGGCCAGUGCAGAUGUAAAUGUCCGUCCGGUUUGAAGGGGGAAGACUGCUCUGAAUUAGACACAAGUGACGGUUGUGGCGGCUUCAUACAACUCGGCUUAGGAGAAGCAUAUACAAUCAACAUGGAUUCUUAUAACUCAGGGGUUAUUUGCACUUGGGUUGUCAAGGGAACAAUGGGAUCUCGUAUAACAGCUAUGGUUGAUUUUAUGGAUCUACCAUUCAACGAAUUCAACGAUUGCUACCAUUGGCUGGAGUUCCGGGACUAUCUUAUAGGCGAUAAUGGCAAAGAGCGAUGUGGGAAUGAGAGUGGGGCCACCUUUAAGAAGAUGAUGAUUGGUGAAGCGUCACGCAUGAUGAUUCGCUUCAACAGCCAGAAGCACAAUAACCAGCCUCCCGGACAGGGCUUUGUUGUCACAGUAGAGGCUACACAGUCAGAUUGCAGUUUUUCACCUUGCAAAAACGGAGCAAACUGUACCGAUAUAUUUGGAGGGUUCAAAUGCGAAUGUUUCAAUGGAUUUUCUGGAUCGUUAUGUGACAAUAUUAAAGCCUCUGCAAGAACCAUAUGCGAUUUUCAAGAUGACUUCCGCGGAUGCGUUUUUCAACCAGACCCCUUUUACUCACAGUUUGAGUUUUCUUUUAAAACGAGUGUUGAUUACCCUGGUAAUGCUCUCGGUUUUCAAUAUAUUUAUGUUCCGACUUAUGGCACAGAUUAUGAGAGAAAAAAGGCGUAUUUAAUCACUUCAGCUAAAUUCGAAGAGUUCGAACGAUGUUUAAGCUUUAAAUAUCUGUUUUCCCGCCAAUAUCUUGGUACUGGUUAUGACUCUCAGGUCAGGAUCAGUUACUGGAGUGUUAACGAUCAAGACAAAACCUUAUACACACUCGGCAAACCUGAUAUAGUCUACCAAGCAUGGCAGAAUUUUUCUAUUUCUUUACCAGCUGUACAAGACUUAAAA